AUGAAAGGAGUGUCUUAAUAAGUAAAGUCUUCUUCAGGUAAAAAGCAAAACAAACAGAAAAAGCAACUACCAUAAGCUAAAGACGUUGAAUAGGAUGAAAGAUUCAAUCAAGUGUUUACAGAUCCAAGAUUCAUGAAAGUACCUCAGAAAAUAAAGAAAGUGGAAAUAGACGAUAGAUUCAAGAAGGGAUUGACGAGUAAAGAGUUCAAUACAGUAGCUAAAGUUGAUAAAUAUGGUAAUAGGGUUGACAAAAUGGAUAACACAAUGCUUAAAUUCUACAAUAUUGAUAAAAAAGAAUAGAAAUAGAAACAAAAGUAGAUUGAAAGUGAAGUGGAAAGUGAAGAUGAUGAUGUCGAUAUGCAAUCAGAUGAGCACUCAGUAGAAUAGGAAGCUAAAAGGUAUUAUGAUGAAGAGGGAAAGUUUAAAUGGAAUGUUGAAGGCAGCAGUGAUGAUGAAGAUGGAGAGGAUGAAGAUGAAGCUCAAAAUUAGAAUAAAGUCGAUGAAGUCGAUUCUGAUAGCGAUGAGAAUGAUAUUGAAGGCCAAGAUAUGGUAGAUGAUAGUGAUAAUGACUCAGUUUGGUCAGUCAAGGAUGAAGCUAAGGUAGCUGAAUCAGAGGAAUAAGUAGAAAUUGGAAAAAGACUGGCUCUAACUAACAUGGACUGGGAUAAUCUGACUGCAGUUGAUAUUCUAUCUUUAUUUACCUCACUUUGCAAAGGUGAUAUGUUCAUUUAAAAAGUUGAAAUCUAUCCUAGUUUAUUUGGUUUAGAGCAAAUGAAAAAGGAUUCUUUAUAUGGCCCACCAAAAGAGAUUCUUGAUGUGGCACCUCCUAAAAAUUUUAAGAAAGGAAAAGUAAUGGGUGAAGACGAGAAUGAAUUUUUAGAUGAUGAUGAAAAAGCUGCAAUGGGUUUUAACUCAUCUUAGCUUAGAAAAUAUGAAAUAUAGAAGAUGAAGUAUUUUUAUGCAGUUAUUUACUGCUCAUCGAAGAAAACUGCAAAGAAGUUGUUUGAUGAAUAUAAUGGUUUUGAAUUCGAACAAUCAAAUUUAAGACUAAAUCUGAGUUUUGUUGCUGAUGAUUUAAAAUUCCCAUAAAAAUUAAAAGAAAAAGCCACUGAAGUACCAGCUGGAUAUCAAUUCAGAGGAGCCAAUACUUUGAGUAAAGCAUUAAAUCACACAAAUGUUAAGAUGACUUGGGAUUAAGAUGAUCCAAAGAGACAAUAAAAAUUCCAGAAAUUGAUGGAGAGAGAUGAGUCUGAUAUUGAUGAAGAUGAAUUUAAAGAAUUUUUAGCUAGUGGGUCAGAAGAUGAAGCAGGAAUGGAAGAUUAAGAUUAGGAUAAGAUCGAAUAAUAUAGACAAAAGCUUCUCGGGGCUUUAUCAGGUGCAAGUGGUGAUAUAAAGGAUGUAUUCAGGAAGAGAGAUUUGUAAGAUGAUGAUGAAAAUGAUGAUUAGCAACUUGAUAUUAAAUUCAACGUUGGUUUUGGAGAAGAUGUUGGGAAAAAACUUUUACAAGACAAAAAGACAAGAAAAGAAGAAUAAGGGGAAAGUGAUUGGCAAAAAUAUUAGCGUAAAAGAAAAGAAAAGAGAAAGGAAAAGAAGGUCAAUGCCAAAGAGAAAUAGAAAUAAUCUAAAAUAGAAAUCUUUGAAGAUGAAAAUGAUGAAUAGGCUAAAAAGAGGAAGGCUUAAUUAGAGUUAAUAAUUGGUACUAAAAAUAAUGGUAUGGGUGAGUUCAAAGCUGAUACCAAAGAUAAAAGAUUCAAUGCAGUUCUAAAGGGUAAAGAUUUUGCACUAGAUCCUACACAUAAAAACUUUAGAAAAGUCGCCGAUGGUGAAUUCAUCAAGGAAUAGAAAAUAAAGAGAAGAAAGAUGCAUGAUGAUGAAUGA